UAUCUCUGUUGAUUUAGUCAGACAGGUUAUAUGGAAUAUAAACAAACCCAUAUACCAUUAUUAUAUAACAAACAAGUUACAUUGUACUUCUCUCCAUGUUCACUGACAUUUAAAGAUUGCAAUAAUAUUACAUGAACAUGCCUUUAGGGAGAUAUAGACACAUUUUAUAAGUUCUCUCGAUAAAGUGUUAUUAGCUCACAGUGCUAAAUAAAGCACCUAUACAGAGAAUGGUGGCAUUAUAAAAUGACAUUUUUCCAGAUGAAAUUGUAGCAUAAUAUUAUCAAGGGAAAUAAAUCUACACCAUAAUGUUCAUAUAUACCGGUAUAUUUACAAGUCAAGCAAGCACAAAGUAUACGUAGAUUAAUCUAGAGUCAAUUUAUAAACAGAAACUUCAUUUGUACAUGUACUACUAGCAUAUAAAUGACGUAAAAUUAGGAAGUUUUAAACCCUUAUUUUCAGCACAUGUUUGCUUUAAGCCUAGUGACGUGCUACCAUAUUUCUUAUUCAUUGAAUAUUUUAAUACAUUAAACGUAGAUUACAAACUAAUAUGAUUAAUUUUCUUAUUGUGUUAAAGAUAAUCCUAUCAUGAAUUCUGGUGUUAGCCAGCCAAGUGUUUAUCAUGCAUUGAUUGUGAUCUUCCUAGAGUUCUUCGCAUGGGGCCUCCUUACCAACCCUAUGAUCAUGGUGCUGAAUGACACAUUUCCCAACCAUACAUUUCUGAUGAAUGGUCUUAUACAAGGAGUAAAGGGGAUUUUGUCGUUCCUAAGUGCUCCACUGAUUGGUGCUUUAUCAGAUGUAUGGGGGAGGAAACCUUUCCUUCUGCUCACUGUCUCCUUCACGUGUGCUCCUAUACCACUGAUGAAACUUAGUCCCAUGUGGUAUUUCACUAUGAUCUCCAUGUCUGGUAUAUUUGCUGUUACAUUUAGUGUAGUGUUUGCUUAUGUUGCUGAUAUCACAACAGAAGAAGACAGAAGUCAAGCUUAUGGAUUGGUAUCUGCGACAUUUGCUGCAAGUUUAGUGACAAGUCCUGCGAUAGGGGCAUAUUUAGGACAUAUUUAUAGUGACAAUUUUGUUGUGUGGUUAGCCACUGCAAUAGCGUUAUUAGAUAUAUUAUUUAUACUAGUUUUUAUACCCGAAUCAUUACCAGAGAAAGUACGUCCUGCCACCUGGGGCUCGCCUAUCUCCUGGGAAAAAGUAGAUCCAUUCUCUGCAUUACGGAGAAUGGGUGCUGAUUAUCUUAUAUUGUUAUUAUGUAUCACAGUCUUUCUGUCCUACUUGCCCGAGGCUGGCGAAUACUCCUGUUUCUUUGUUUAUCUUAAAUUAAUAAUGGGCUUCACCACAGAAGAAGUUGCUGUCUUUAUAGCAGUUGUUGGGGUGUUGUCAGUUAUAGCACAAACUAUUAUUUUAGCAUUACUUAUGAAGUAUUUAGGGCAUAAACAGGCCAUUAUAUUUGGGUUAUUGUUUGAAGCAAUACAACUGGCAUGUUAUGGUUUUGGUUCUGAAGACUGGGUGAUGUGGUUUGCGGGCACUAUAGCUGCCAUGUCUAGUAUAACGUAUCCGGCUAUAAGUGCUUUUGUUUCAGCACAUGCUGAAGCUGACCAACAGGGUGUGGCACAGGGAGUGGUUACAGGUAUUAGAGGAUUGUGUAACGGGCUGGGCCCGGCCUUGUUUGGGUUUAUAUUUUACCUCUUCCAUGUAGAUCUAAAUGAUACGACAGAUGUAGAUCACACCCAGAAACCACCCAAUAUAGGUCAUAAAGUAAAUCAAACAGCGUCGAGGCAUACGGUCACCUCCAAAGAUUCAAUAAUACCAGGUCCACCGUUUGCAUUUGGUACAGUUUUAGUCAUAAUAGCAAUGCUCGUAGCUAUAAAUAUACCUGACAAUCCACAUGCCAAGAAGCCCAUGUCAAAAUCAGCUUUACAGAUUCAUCAAUCCAAGAUAGAGCAAGGUUUGAAGAAGAAUGAAGAUGCUGCAGAACCUUUAAUGUCAAACAGUGAGCAGACGUUGUAGCAGUUCUGUAGACGAGUGUAGUUUGUUUUUCAGUGAUAUGAACUUGUUUUGAUUUCACAGACAGCAGAGAUUGAUGAGUCAUUCAUCAGUCUAGACUGGUUUUGAUAGAAAUUAUGAUUAUAACUGACAAAGAGAUUAUACAGAAUGUUUAUAGAGACCAGUCUGUGUAUUAAGCAUUUUGAUUGGUGGAUUUCUAAGAAAAGAAUUGUAACAACCAAUCAUGUUUUAUGAAAGUAAGACUGGUUUUCAAAAUUAAUUUUAUUGUAUUGAAUUACAAUCUGGAGCAUUGAAAUAUUGUAAGCCAGUCUGGCAACAUUGAAGAUAGUGUAAGACUUGUUUUCAGACUUAGUUUUAUUGGAAAAAAACUACUAUUUAAAUUAUUGAAAAAAGGUAUGUCAGUCUGUUAAAGCUUGAGAUGUAAUGAGUUGGUGUACAGUUGGACAAGAUAUAGCAUUAUGUUCUCAAAUUUUAGUAUCAUUUUUGAGAAACAAAUGCUCUACUUUAAAAAAAAGUAAUUGGAAUGGGAACUGAAAUCAUUAAUGAUUACCUAUUAAUUAAUUCAACUUGAAAGCCUAGUCUGUUAUUAAGUGUGAUAAUUUUUAUUUUAGUUGCUCAUAUUAAGGCAUUAGAUGUUAUGUAGCAUGUAUAUUUGUGUUUUCCUGUAUAUAGAGAGACAUAAUUCAUCUUAAAAAUGUAUCAAACUUUUCCUUUGAAUAAUGAUAGUAAUAAUGAAAAUAAGUGAUUUAAUCUUGAAGCAACUAUUCUCUAGAAUUAUACUAAUUUUUUUCAUGAAAAAUUAAGAUUGUGUUUUAAAUAAUAAAAACAUUGUCAAAGUAACACAUAAAAAGUUAUUUUAAAGGAACUCCACUGAUGUCCAAAAGCCUUAAAACAUAAAAUUUAAAAGUUCCUAUAAAGAUAAACUUAAAACAGAAAGAUAAGCAAAAAAUAAUUAUGAAAUAAACUCAGAAAUAAAUUAAAAGUUCUAUUUUUUAUGUUAUUUUUUAGCUCAAUUUGAUUGAGACAUUGUUCAAUUUAAGGUCACUUUCAACAAUUUGAAUAAUGAUUUUGGAAAAAGGAAGUGAGGGAAUGAUCUUAAAUUUUGCACACAAGAUACUGGUCUAGACCUACAUCAAAUGGAACAUUAAUUUUUUAAAAAUAAUUUGUCCUAUCUUGUCAAGAAAACCUCAGUGGAGUCCCUGUAAGAAUGUGACAGUUAAAAAAACAUACAAUGAAGCAUUAUUUAGAUAUUAAAAAAAAACAACUUAAAAUGUCUUGAUUGAUUUUAUGUACAUGGGGAAUUAUGUUAUCCUUUUCUUUUUCAAUUUUCUGAAAUCCAAAUGUGGGAAGAAUCAAGAUGUAAACGUCUGUAUUGUUUUACCAUGUUGAAUGUUAAUAAGUAAUGCAUAUAUAUCAUGAUAAAAUAUGUACAUGUAAGCUUUUGAUAUAAGUUAUAAAUUUCAGUUUAUAAAAUAUCGGUUAUAAGGUGUAUGAAAUAGCCAUCUCGUGAGUAUUAAGUAGCCAUUGCAUUUUAAGCUGCAUGCCUCCAGAUGAGCCAAAAUAUUUCAAGAAAAUUCAGCAUGAGAAAAUUUGUACUAAGAUUCUAAGAAAUGUAAACAAAGUUUUAACAUGUUACAUGUGAUUAAUGUCUGAUUUUGCAGGUUUUUUCCCCAUAUUUUUACUGCUUUACUAAUGCAGUAAGCUAUUUUUGCUUACUUUGACCUCUUUUUGUUAAUACAUGUGGAUUGCAAGUGCUGUUUGCAAUAUGUAGAUUAUUUACUUUGUUCACUUUAUAAAAAAACGCUUAUAAAAUUUUCAUGAAAAUUAGCAUGAAUCUGGAGGCAAACUGCUUUAAAUGUUCAUGUAUAAUUUAACCAACUGCUUGAAGCCAAACUGAUAGGAGGUUUUUCUACUAGUUUACAGCUGGGUUCGGCUGUACGUCCAUGCUGUCUGACCAAUCUAUAUACUUGGCUGGUUUACAUACUUGACAUAAAAUUUUCAAAGUUUGUAAUCAUCUAAUGUAAUGGACAUUUAUGAAUAUAGAAGUUGAUGAAAACUGUGUAGAAAAUAGUUGGUUAAGGGUUGAAUAGGCUAUUUCUGAAUAUACAUUUUUUUGGUAUAGUCCAUAUAUUGUUACAUAUUUAAAAGGGUAAAAAUUACAAUGAGUGAAAUGAUGUAAUAUUAAAAAAGUACAGUAUAUUUCAUUAUAUCACAAUACAUAAUUAGUCUCUUAAACAUUUAUUAAACAUUCUACUAUCCAUUAUUCCAUUAUAUAGAUAUAUGUAUAUUUACUGGAUUUAAAUGAAUAUUUAUUAUAUUUCACAGAUGGGUGAAAUAUUAAAAAUAUCUCAUUAGUUUGUAUUUUAAGUCAAAAAUCAAAAAAAAAAAAAUCAUAUAGAAAAUGAAAUGUAUAUCAUAGUUAUAUUAAACAAACAAAUAUAUUUUAUUUUUUGUUCAUGAAAUCAAGUUUUUGCUCUUGAGUGAUCAUAUGCCAUCAUGAAUCCAUCAUUGAUUAUUUGAAACUAAUUUUGUUUACUCUCUGAUUUGCCUUUUUUUGUGAAUAGAUACUCAAUAAGUUUACAAUGAGCUUUUUCUGAUUUUGUAGGUGUUCAUUCUGCAUUAUACUUAAAAAUUGAAUAAGUUUUUUAAAUUGCAAAUCAUGAUUAUGAAAAUUUGUUUCUGUCAGUUAAUGUCUAAAUGUUGUUUUUUGAUGAUAUUUGUUGUGUUGGUGUUUCUGCUAAUGUUUUUCAUGAUAUUUGUUGUGUUGGCAUUUCCUUAUUAGCAGAAGAAAAACAGGGUUUCAAUAAAAAAAAUAGGUUUUCACCAAAGAAAGACAACAAAAAAAUGAAUUUUGUAUUUUCACUAGAUCAAAACCGGUGAAAUGGACAAUUAUAUCUUACAGAUAUUUUCUUGUAUUUCAUCCAAAAGGAUGAGUGAUAUAUCAUCAACAUCUACUGGUAUGCCUUGGGAUUUGGUUACAGCUACCUUAUUUCACUUCUUUCAAAUUUUUUUGUCCGUUUUAUUUUCUGUUUGUACAAUUCAGUUUAACUACUAUACAUGUACAUAAGUUAACAUUUGUUUUCUUCAUUUACAUAUAUUUUAUGUCAACAAAAAACAACAACAAAACUAAAACAUAGUCAUUUAUACUGGCUGCACUAAAAGCUAAAAUCCAAUAAAAAAUAAAGAAAUAAUAUUGAUUAAUAUGAUAAAUAACGUACAAACAUUAUAAUGAUUACACUGACAGAAACCUUAUAAAAAGUUCUAUAAAGUGUUCAAAGUUCAGCAAAGUAGCAAGCUUUGGGUUCAUUAGCAAGCCUUUGGUUAAAUUAUUUCUAUUGCAAUUCUAGGCCUAUAUGAUGUUUAAAUAUCUUAAUUGGUCAACAAAGGGCCUAUAUUAUUGCAUGAAUUGAUGAUAGCAUAUACAAUCUAGCAUUAAGUCUUUGUCUCUGUGCAUGCAAGACUGAUUUGGCUUUAAAAAAAUAAGAACAAUUAUUUCACCUUUUUUAUUUAGUUUUUUUUCGUUGUAUUGCUGUGUACUUAAGUAAAAUUAUAGAAUUAUUAGUCAUUAGUGAAAGUUAUCUGGUGUUAUUAUAGAAAGAGAAGUUGAAGUUUUUUUGUAUCAAUAGAUAUACAUGUAUAAUGUCAUUUGGAAAUACUUUAAUAUAGUAAAUAUGCAACAGCGAUGUUUUCCCAAACUGUUUCAUUCUGCUUACAUGUUUCUGCUGGAAUUGAAAAAGUAGUCAUAUAGAUACAACAGUGUUUUGUAUUUUAUACAUAGAAAACAGUUUUGAGUAAUUUUGUCUGCUUUAAGGAUUUUUUUUCCUGAAAGUAUUCACAACAUAGUUUUUUCAAAAAAAAAAAAAAUAGAUAAAGAAAUAAAUGUGACAGUGUCUUUUGCUUCAAGAAAUGAUUUAGCAUAUAAUUCCUGGUUUUACCUUUUUUCUAUUACUCACAUUUUUUUUAUAGAACCAUCUUUUCCAGACUAAUAUCUUCGAUAUGUGGUGUUUUGGUAACUUAUCUUGUGUGUGAGUGUCAUAGUCAAGGUCACUUAAUCUUAAAACAGGUCUUUGUAAUGAAUGAUAAUGAGCAUUCUUUUUUGUUUUUGUUUUUUUUCAGCCUUGUGAAAGUUUUGUUGAUAAGCAUCCAUUUAGGGCUAUCAGUAUUCAUGAUAUUUUUAGUUCAUUUUUUAACUUUAAGUAUGCAGUAAAUUAUUUGGCAAGAAGGAGAUGUGUGCCUUGUUUAUGGUGUAAGAAAUCAAGACAAGAAUAAAUUUACAUUAUUAGAACAUUAUUUGUCAGUACUUAUUUUGAAUUUUUCCAUGAAAAUUAUGAAUUGUUCUGGCCAAAUUAAAAGAUGGUCAAAACUAUUUUAUAGGCACUCUACGGAGGUUUUUUGACAUAAUGGGACUGGAAAUAAUUUUUCGAUAUAAAUGUUCCAUUUGAUGUAGGUGUAGACCAUUAAAUUGUGUGCAAAAUUUCAGAUCAAUCUCUCGCUCCUUUUUUUUUUUCAGAAUAAUUAUUCUUAUUGUGAAAAAUGACCGAAAAUUGAAAAGCUUUGCAAUGCUUUUCACUCAAGACGGACUAACAAAGCACAAAAUAAAUUUUCUUUUCAAUUCUUUAAUUAUGUUUCUAUUUAGGUGCCCCAGAUUAUCAGUGUAAAAAUUCAAAGCUUAUUGACCUCAGUGGUGUUCCCUUAAGGUAUUUAGCGCUUUAAAGGCUAGAAUGUUUUUCUCUAUAUUUCUUACACUUUCAGAAAAGAACUCGGUGCUUGACUUUACUGUUCAAAGUGAAUUCUUUAAAAUAUGUUGUAAAUUGUUACAUAGCUUGUUCUUUUUUAAAAUCAAAAACUUGUUGCUUUUGAUAAGAGUUUGUAUAUAGGAUACAUUUCUAUUUUUAGCAGAAAUUCUGUGCAUGGCAUAAUUAUUUUUAUUUGUCAGUAUUCAUUAAUUUAAAACUUUGUAUUUUCUUUUGUCAAUUUUCUUUGCUGUAUUAUUAUCUUGAAAAUGUGCAAUUUCUUCAGUGUUGAAAUGACAUGUUGAUACUUUGUUCAUAAAAUAGUUUUUAUUUUGUUUCUAUUAUUGUAUGUCCUUUUAAGUUUUUCUGAGAUACUAGUAGUAUUAAGCCACCUCUCAACCCAGUGAUCAUGGGUUCGAGCCUAACUUUGGUCACAACACCAUAUUUUCUUAUAAGAGGAAACAGUGCUGGUUAGUUUCUGAAAGUCAGGGGAGAUAGACAAGUAAUACUGUUAAAAACUGUACUAUAUACAAGGAUAGGAAUCAUCUUGUCCAUGGCUGAUAUUUCUGUAGCAGUAGACCAUUUCAUGUCACAUGGUUUUUGAACUAUGUGUAAGUAUAAAGUUCAUACCAUACCAAUAUAAUGAAAAUUGGUGAUAUUUAUGUGCCAUUUAUUGUUACCCCAGCCACUCCCUCUAACUUCCAACCCGUCUCCCCGCUACAGAAUAACCAGGACUUUGACUUUUGGAUUUUUAAAAAUUCCAGAAAUAAACCCAACCCUGCUAGGAAAGUCGUAUCCCAAAAUCUGCAAAAAAAUAACUGAUUUCCUUGAAUUGUCCUGGAUGUGAAAGGGGAUAGGGUCGAGGGGGGGUACAAAUGACUGGUGCAUCAUGUCAACAUCUGGCUAUUUUUAGAUUUACACACAGAUUGAGAAAACUCUGAUAUUUUUGUAAUGUUUAUUUCCUUAUUGCUUAGUAAAUUAUUGAUAAGAGAGAUUAGAAACUGUGUUUGCUCAAAGUGAUUUUUAGUUGCUAUAUUUGUAUAAGUGAAUGAUUUGAAUAAAUGUAAAACUUAAGUUAAAGAGAAUACAGAUUUAAAGAAUUUUUGAAUUAGAAUCAAAAUUUGCGUUUCAAAUUGAGAAAAAAACAAUAGUAAUUGUCUUUUUUGUGAUUUAUCUCCAGUUUGAUUUUGUCUAAGGGAGAGAACUUGUUUUUGAAAGGAUGGAAAUCUUAUAUAGGUUACCUCCCUUUUGAAUGAAAAAUUAGUUUUGAAUUGAUAUCAUUGAAUUUGAUUAUGUUAUAAUGUGUAUACUUCAUUAUUUAUUGCAUAUAUUAGUUGUAAUACGGGUGCCAAUUAAUGAGAGAAAAAAGUCUGACCUGGCUCUAUACUGUUGGCUGACAAACUUUAGAUAUUCAAAUUGAUAUCCCUAAAAUUGAUAAUGGACAGUCCCAAAAAUGGAAGUGGGACAAGUCCAUUUAAAAUAUUCAGCAUGUUAAGGGUUAAACCCUCCGCCUGCUGGAGCCAGGUGUGAUUAGCGUUGGUCUCCAUGCAGUCUGACCAGGCUCUAUACUGUUAAUGGCUCCAUUAUCUAUGUUGAUAUUAAAAUCUCAUAAACUUUGAACUGAUCCAAAUUCAAAGCUGGGCAAAUCCAUUACACAAGUUCAGCAGGUCAAGGUUUAAGUUUCAGAAAUUGGCGAAUAAUUCAAAUUUUUCAUCAGAUCAUGCCAUACCAAAAUAUAAAACUUCAUAAUAUGAUAUACCGGUAAUUUAAUUCAUUUAAGCUUAUAUCGAAUUUAAAAUUUUGGGUAAUCUUUUAGAUAAAUAAGCAGAUGUCUUAGAUUUUUAACACUUUUUCUUUCUUAGAUUUGAUACUUUCAGGGGCUUGGGGAUGAAAAGAGGUAAAAUGAUCAAAAAAAUUAUUAAAAAAAAAUCACUCUAAAUGUACCGAAAAGUUCUAUUGUACCAUACAUUUUGAAUGUUAUAACAUGAUAGCUUGACUUGAUUUCAUCAUCACAAAAAAAAUAGAACUGUAAAAAGUGCCAUUUUGGUGGUGGUGGGGGUUGGCAAGAUUGAUUGCAAAUCUACCAUAGUACUCAUGGAAUUCUGUCAUAGGUUGACAGUCACACACUGACAGAAAUCUCAUAUAGAUGUGAAUUUAUUGUUGGCUUAUCAACCAGUAUUGUUAACUUUUACACACAAUAGUUGACUGCAUAUGUGUUGUAAUAUGUUGUAAUUUUAUGUAACAGUUAGCUUUCAGUAUAUCAGUUAGCUUUCAAUAUUGGGCUUCCAAGUUGUUUCCUAUUCUCCUAGUGCUAUUAAUUGUUGCUGCUAAAAUGCCUGUAUGUCUUUAAUGUUAAUACCACUUAAAUUAUGUUAGGCAAUUAAAGGUCUAGGUGACAAGUUCCAUAUAAAACUAGACUGUACUGAGAAUCCAAACCACUUGAUAAUGAAAUCCUGUUAUCUCGUAAUGUACUGUUUCAAAUUAAAUGAAGAGCAUUUAUAUUACUAAGGAAUGUCGGUUGUUCUAUUCAGGUGCCUGUUUGUAGCUGAGAUAAUGCACUAGGGGCACCUGAGGUCUUCCUCCAUCAGUAAAGCUGGAAAAUUUGCCAUAUGACCUGUACUGUGUUAGAGCGACCCAAAAACCAGCAAAAAAAAAAAAAUUAUUAGAUAUAUCCAUUACACAUUUUUUGUUGGGGUAAACAUUUAGUUGAUUUUUUCCCAGUGUGUGUUGAGUAAUAGCAUUUAAUUGAUUUCUAUUACAUUAAUGAUUGAAUAUGAUAGUGAUUGAUAAAUUUAUGUAAAGAAUUUUUCAGAAUAACCUAAGGUUUAUCUAACCUAUCUUAUCAUGUUGGACAAAGUUGACAUUUUUAACCAGGUUUUCCGAAGGAAAAAACUGGUUAUUAGAUUGAGGUAUGUCGGCGGGCGGGCGGAUGGACGGGCGGGCGUAAACAAUUUCUUCUGUGCGCAACUCCUUCUACAUUUCUCAACGGAUUUUGACCAAACUUUCACAGAAGCUUUGUCAUCAAGUGCCCUGGCGCAUAUUGUCAGGGUUUUGCGAUUGGAUAAUAUUUGACCUAAUUAUGGCCCUUUGUUUUUUUCCUUAUAAAGAAUAUAUAGUGAACAAUUUCUUCUGUGCGCAACUCCUCCUACAUUUCUCAACGGAUUUUGACCAAACUUUCACAAGAGCUUUGUCAUCAAGUGCCCUGGCGCAUAUUGUCGGGGUUUUGCCAUUGAAUAAUAUUUGACCUUAUUAUGGCCGUUUGUUUUUUUUCCUUAUAUAGAAUAUAUAGUGAACAAUUUCUUUUGUGUUGAAGUCCCUCUACAUUUCUCAACGGAUUUUGACCAAACUUUCACAGAAGCUUUGUCAUCAAAUGCCCUGGGGCAUAUUGUCAGGGUUUUGCGAUUGGAUAAUAUUUGACCUAAUUAUGGCCCUUUGUUUUUUUUCCUUAUAUAGAAUAUAUAGUGAACAAUUUCUUCUGUGCGCAACUCCUUCUACAUUUCUCAACGGAUUUUGACCAAACUUUCACAGAACCUUUGUCACCAAGUGCCUUGGCGCAUAUUGUCAGGGUUUUGCGAUUGAAUAAUAUUUGACCUAAUUAUGGCCGUUUGUUUUUUUCCUUAUAUAGAAUAUAUAAUGAACAAUUUCUUUUGUGUUGAACUCUCUCUACAUUUCUCAAAGGAUAUUGACUAAACUUUCACAGAAGCUUUGUCAUCAAGUGCCCUGGCACAUAUUGUCAGGGUUUUGUGAUUGGAUAAUAUUUGACCUAAUUGUGGCCCUUUGUUUUUUUUACUUAUACAGAAUAUAUAGUGAACAAUUUCUUCUGUGCUGAACUCGUCCUACAUUUCUCAACGUAUUUUGUUCCAACUUUCACAGAAGCUUUGUUAUCAAGUGCCCUGGCACAUAUUGUCGGGGUUUUGUGAUUGGAUAAUUUUUUACCUAAUUAUGGCCCUUUGUUUUUUUUCCUUAUACAGAAUAUAUAGUGAACACUUCUUCAGUGGCAAUUCCUCCUACAUUAUUCAUGUUUUACAUUGCACAUAGUUACAUUGUUUGUUGCUUGUAUUUGUAUUUCAAAUACAACAUAUUUAUCUACAAUGUUGAUAAUUGAAAACCUGGUUUCAUUGCAUUGCCAUGUUUCUUGUUUUUUUUUAAUGGAAAGAAUUUGUCAUGAUAUUUCAGUAAAAGAAAGUGUGGAAUAGUUUGCAUUGGUAUUGUUAGGUAUAUUAUUGAUGUGUUGUAAAAUGUAUUUUUAAAAGUUGAUUUUUUAUGCCUGUUUAAAUUAAGCUGCAUGCCUCCAGAUGAUUGAAAAAUGAAAUUUGAGAAAAAUAUUGUAAAGUUUUAAGAAAAGUAAAAAGAUUCUCAAGAUUCUAGUUAUAAUUCACAUGUUUUGUGCAAGUGUUGACUGAUUUUGCAGUAUUUAUCACCAAUUUUUCUCCUGCUUGACUAAUUGCAGUAAUGACUAUUUUUGCAUAUUUUGACCUCUUUUUGGGGUAAUUUACGUGGAUUGUGAGUGACGUUUGCAAUGUGAACAUUACUUACUUUGCUCACUUCACAAAAUUUUACCUCUGGGUAUAGUUUCAAAUUUUUCAUGAAAGUUAGCAUGAAUCUGGAGGCAUGCUGCUUUAAAGUUAAAAUUUCAAAAGUUACAACUAAUAAAUCAAUUCAUGAAUAAGCAUUAUCAUGCUUUAAAUGUUUGUAUUUCUAACCCUAAAUCGUCACCUUAGUGCAAUAACUGGUCAUAUCCUUUUAAAUUUAGGACUUAACUAGUUAUUGCACUAAGGUGACAAGUUUGAUAUACAUGUAAUUAUGUUUCUUACAGUUAACCCAUAACUGCACUAGAGAAAAUAUAUUUCUUACAAAGGGAAGAACAAUUUGUUUCUUUCACGAUAGGUAGCUAUCCAUCUGUCAAGAAAAUUGCUCCAUGUUUGACCCAGGUGCCUUGUUAAGCAUAAAUACAUAAAGAGGCACUUUAAUUUUAUUUUUUGAAGUGGGUGGUGGGGUGGGGGUGUCAUUUGAAUAUAGUUGGGCGCAAUAUCUUUUUUUUUUUCUCAGUACUGGAUAACAAUAGAGAGUGAUGGCUUUAGAAUAAGUUACUGUUAUUACAAUGAUGUAUAUCUAUUAGUUAAGAAAUCAAAUUUUCUUCUUUUUUUUUCUUUUCUUUUUUCCUUUCUUUUGUCAUAUUUAGAAAUGUUUUAUAUUGUUUCCUUUUAUCAGCGACUUUAACUCUAAGCCUGCUGGCAGCAAGAGAUUCAACCCAUGCAACCAGUGCAGACCAUGAUCAGUUGACGCUUCCUUUGAUCUUGGUCGGCACUUUUCAGUCUGUAUAUAUUUUUAAAAUAACUCUAAAGGUAAUGAAUGUUUUUGUUUCCAUAUUGAAAGAUGGAUGAGUCAAUUUAAGAUAUUGAGUGUGGUAAGAAUUAAGAAAAGGAAAAAAAUGCUUCGCCAGAUAUUUGCUUAAGUUUCUCCAUUGUUAAUUAGAUCUUUAUAAUGAUUGUGUGUUAAAAAUCAUUGUGUUUUAAUCAAUAUGUACAUAUGAUUUUAUUUUUUCAUAUCAUCCCUGUCUUUAACAUGUUGUACAGUGUAGUAAAUUAUUGUUAUUUUAACAUGUUCUUUGAAUUUGUAAUAAAUUAAAAUCUGAUAUCAAUAUCAAA